AUGGGACAAUCAAAGCCACAGUUUGAGAUUUCACACAUAUUCUCAAAAAGUUGUUGGGAAGGCGAACUUUUUAGGAUUCUCAAAAAUGCGAUUUCAGAUACCGAGUCGGACGUCGAUCUUUUGGUGCCGUUGAAAAGCGCGCUGAAUGAUCGAGCUGAACUUUACAAAGCCAAAGGUCUUGAAGGCUUUCCGGCCGUUGGAAUAAAGCGCGGGAUCGAAAUAGUUGUACCGUACCGGCAAUACCUUCCACGGAAGUUUUUCCGAAAUUUUGCUUUUACGGCAGUGGUUCGACCGGAUGAUCGUCAAGGAGGAUAUUUGUUCGCUGUUGUUAAUCCUCUCGAUACAGUCGUUGAUCUCGGUGUGGCACUGGAAUUCGCUGGUGACAGCCAAACAAAUAUUUCACUGCUUUAUACAGACUCGAGUAAGGAAACCGAAACCAUGGCGCUAGCUUCUUUCUUAGUCCCCGAAUUUACCGGCCAGUGGGCUAAAUUUGCUUUGGAAGUGCACGAAGACAGCGUUGUCUUGUAUUUUAGAUGUACACGUUUCGCAACAAGACAGGUGAAAAGAAAACCCGUGCAGUUAGUUAUGGACGAUGCUCAUAAAUUAUAUAUUGCAAGCGCUGGGCCAAUCUUAAAACGAGGAUUUGAGGUUAAUUACUGCAUCCGAAAAAAAAAAACUUUGCACUCAAUUUAUCAUUCGAACUUUUAAAC